AUGGAUGUAGAUGGUGUUGGGAAACAGGGCAAAACUGCCAGUGAGGGGGGCUUUGCUGAGAACGCUGAUGCUGCUGCUGCUGCUGCCGUAGGCGCUGUAUAUGCAGGUUCUACAGAUACAGCAGCGGUAGACAACGAGGAGGAGGAUGAGGUGGAGGAUGAGGAUAUUGUGGAUGCAGACGUGGAAGAAGAAGAGGAGGAGGAGGAGGAAGAAGAAGAAGAGGAGGGAGAAACUAGGUGUGUAUGCGGGGAAUUGGAUCCACCAGAUGAUUCGGGGCUUUUCAUCCAGUGUGAACAGUGUGGAUGCUGGCAACACGGGUUCUGUAUAGGGAUCGUCAGUGAGGAUACGCCAGAUAAGUACUGGUGUGAAAUUUGUAGGCCUAAUUUGCAUCAUCUGUACACAACGGAUUUGGGGGAGACACGAUCCAUUUACAAACCUGCACAGGAAUCGAGAAGACAGAGGAAACGGCUUGCCAGAAUGGCCCACACGGAAGAUUCGAAACCAGUGGCAGAUUCGAAACCGGCAUCCAGUUCCCGGAAAUCUGUUUCUGCAGGUACAACACAGAACACCGAUGGAAGCGAUAGUAAACAAGUAAUGGCCGUGUCUCCUGGGGCACAGCAGGUAUCUUUGGAGCAAGCACCCAGUGACGGAGAUUCCGUCAAGAGGGAACUUGAGGGUGCAGAUGAGGAUUUACAGGGGGGAGAAUCACCACAACAGGCAGACACGGCAAGUAACUCCGCUACACCUUACGAUGAGGACCAAAAAAGAUUACAGGAUAGAAAAAGGGCCACGUUCCUCGCCAGAGAGGAGAAACAGUACCAGAUGAUGUUGGAGAAGGCAAUACAGGCAAGUAGACGGGCUUCGAACCCUCAAGACGACAAAAAUGAGGGGGAACGACAGUCUAGCAACGAUGAUGGUAUGGAUGAGGUUCAGGAAUCAAAGCAGCAAGAGGAGAGCGAAUAUGCGCAACCCACGCUGGAGGAACCAAGCGAAUCACAAGGAAUCACGGAAACCAACGACGAAGAAACAGAUAUCCCUCAACAAUUGGGCAAUGCACCCUCACAGCAGGAAACAGCAACUCCCGAACUUUCAUCAGAGGAACUUUUGAAGAAACCUCGUGCUCCAGUGAGAAGGGCCCAAAGAGGUGGCCGAAGAAGUAGGAGAACAGCUCCGAUUACUGGGGUCAACAAAGCCACUAGGGGUCGGAAACCAAGGUCUAGUAGAAACAGCCCUGCCGUUUCAGAAACCGCUGGAGGUGGUGGCAUAAACGCUUCAGACAUUGAUGUCAACAAACCUGUUAAACCAAGGUUACCCCCUACAAGAACGACGCUAAAUGAAAUGAGAAGACGUGUGGCGGCCAUUCUUGAGUUCAUUUCAAGGACACAAUGGGAACUUAGCCAAGAGCAGCAGACGAAGGAAGAGCUCGUCAAAUUUGUAGAUAAUGAACAAUUCAUCAAACAGGUCGAUUCUGUUUACGAAAAGCAUCACGAAAGCUUGACCCUAAUGGACGAUCUAACGAGGAAUUUGUUGCUAUGGGAGAAAAAGUAUUCAGGUGUCAACACCAGAGGAGGGUGA